AUGGGUGAAGAACACAAACCGCUUUUGGACGCCUCGGGUGUCGACCCUCGUGAAGAGGAUAAAACCGCCACUGCUAUUCUAAGAAGAAAGAAGAAGGACAACAUGCUUUUGGUCGACGAUGCUAUCAACGAUGACAAUUCUGUCAUUGCAAUCAACUCCAACACGAUGGACAAACUGGAGUUGUUUCGUGGUGACACCGUUCUCGUUAAGGGUAAGAAGAGAAAAGACACUGUCUUAAUCGUGCUGAUCGAUGAUGAACUAGAAGACGGAGCAUGUAGGAUAAAUCGUGUAGUCCGUAACAAUUUGCGUAUUAGAUUGGGUGAUUUAGUUACGAUUCAUCCUUGCCCCGAUAUCAAAUACGCCACCAGAAUUUCCGUGCUACCAAUUGCUGACACGAUCGAAGGUAUUACCGGUAAUCUUUUCGAUGUUUUCUUGAAGCCUUAUUUUGUGGAAGCUUACAGACCAGUGAGGAAGGGCGACCAUUUUGUUGUCAGGGGUGGUAUGAGACAAGUCGAAUUCAAGGUCGUGGAUGUUGAACCCGAAGAAUAUGCCGUUGUUGCUCAGGAUACCAUUAUCCACUGGGAAGGUGAACCAAUCAACAGGGAAGAUGAAGAGAAUAAUAUGAACGAAGUUGGUUACGAUGAUAUUGGUGGUUGUCGUAAGCAAAUGGCUCAAAUCAGGGAAAUGGUUGAAUUACCAUUGAGACAUCCUCAGCUGUUCAAAGCUAUUGGUAUCAAGCCACCAAGAGGCGUUUUGAUGUAUGGACCACCUGGUACUGGUAAAACUUUGAUGGCAAGAGCUGUUGCCAAUGAGACUGGUGCCUUUUUUUUCUUAAUCAAUGGUCCAGAAGUUAUGUCCAAAAUGGCGGGUGAAUCAGAAUCCAAUCUAAGAAAGGCGUUCGAAGAAGCUGAAAAAAACGCUCCAGCUAUCAUUUUUAUUGAUGAAAUUGAUUCCAUAGCUCCAAAGAGAGACAAGACUAAUGGUGAGGUUGAAAGAAGAGUUGUUUCCCAAUUGUUAACGUUGAUGGAUGGUAUGAAGGCGAGAUCUAAUGUUGUUGUUAUUGCUGCUACCAACAGACCAAAUUCGAUUGAUCCUGCUCUAAGAAGAUUUGGUAGAUUUGAUCGUGAAGUGGACAUCGGUAUCCCAGAUGCUACAGGUAGACUUGAAGUUCUACGUAUUCACACUAAGAACAUGAAGUUGGCUGACGACGUUGAUUUGGAGGCCUUGGCUGCAGAAACACACGGUUACGUGGGUGCAGAUAUUGCCUCUCUAUGUUCAGAAGCUGCUAUGCAACAGAUCCGUGAGAAAAUGGACUUGAUAGAUUUAGAUGAAGAUGAAAUUGAUGCAGAGGUGCUUGAUUCUUUGGGAGUCACCAUGGACAACUUCAGAUUUGCUUUAGGUAACUCCAACCCAUCUGCGUUACGUGAAACUGUUGUUGAAAGUGUCAAUGUUACUUGGGAUGAUGUUGGUGGUCUAGAUGACAUUAAGGAAGAGUUGAAGGAAACUGUUGAAUACCCAGUUUUACAUCCAGACCAAUACACCAAGUUCGGCUUAUCUCCAUCAAAGGGUGUGUUGUUCUACGGUCCACCAGGUACGGGUAAAACCUUGUUAGCAAAAGCUGUAGCUACUGAGGUUUCUGCUAACUUUAUUUCAGUUAAAGGUCCGGAAUUAUUGAGUAUGUGGUAUGGUGAAUCGGAAUCUAAUAUUCGUGAUAUUUUCGAUAAGGCAAGAGCAGCUGCUCCAACCGUCGUUUUUCUGGACGAAUUGGAUUCCAUUGCUAAGGCAAGAGGUGGUUCCUUGGGUGAUGCUGGUGGUGCUUCUGAUAGAGUCGUCAAUCAACUAUUAACUGAAAUGGAUGGUAUGAACGCCAAGAAAAAUGUGUUCGUGAUCGGCGCCACCAACAGACCAGACCAAAUUGACCCUGCUAUCUUGAGACCUGGAAGAUUAGAUCAAUUGAUAUAUGUUCCAUUGCCAGAUGAAAAUGCCAGGUUAUCUAUCCUAAAUGCUCAAUUAAGGAAAACACCAUUAGAGCCAGGUCUGGAAUUAACUGCGAUCGCUAAAGCUACUCAAGGUUUCUCUGGUGCUGAUUUACUAUAUAUUGUUCAGAGAGCUGCUAAAUACGCUAUCAAGGAUUCCAUCGAAGCUCACAGACAACAUGAAGCUGAAAAGGAAGUGAAAGGAGAAGGCGAAGACGUGGAAAUGACUGAUGAGGGAGCAAAGGCUGAACAAGAACCAGAAGUAGAUCCCGUUCCAUAUAUUACAAAGGAACAUUUCGCAGAAGCUAUGAAGACUGCUAAACGUUCCGUCUCAGAUGCUGAAUUGCGUCGUUAUGAAGCAUAUUCUCAACAAAUGAAAGCAUCUAGAGGUCAAUUCAGUAAUUUCAACUUCAAUGACGCUCCAUUAGGUACUACGGCUACGGACAAUGCUAACACUAAUAAUAGUGCGCCAAGUGGAGCAGGUGCUGCAUUCGGUUCUAAUGCGGAAGAAGAUGAUGAUUUGUAUAGUUAG